GGACAACCUGCCGAGGUUGGGGUGGUGUUAGCCACUUCUACAGAGGAGGGAAUGAGGCCUCAGGUGCCCAGAGCCAGGCCUGCUGACUCCAGGUUCACACUGGGCUGCCAGCCGGUGGGUGUGGCCGCCCUCUGCCCACUUUCCCCACUGCUCUGACUUCAGCGAAGGACUGUGACCUUUCCCCUUUUAUACACAUCUGCCUGCUCACUCCCGCACCCCAGGGUCUGCUCAGGUCUCAAGUCCAGGCCGAUGUUUGCUUCCGUCUGCACAGGACGGGGCUCCGGGGCAUUCAGACCCCGCCCCUCCAACCUCUGCCACCCAGUGCCCAGACCCUGGUUUUUGGUUUGUAAAGUGGGUCGCCAGGGAAGCCCUUGCUGUCUAGAGCAUGUGUGAGGGUCAAAUGCAGAAAUAUGUGUGGGUCUCUAAGGCUGGCUAAUUCAGUCCCUUGUAUGCUGACUGAGCUAGGGAGGCACUUGGCACCCAGCCUGGGGGCAUAACCUUCAGGGAUCUCUUUCUUUAUCUGGAAAAGGGAUUGGGGCAUGUGUGGUUGGGGAGAGGACAGAAACGUCUGUUUAUCCACAGGACAAUGCGUAGUGCCUAAGGCAUCCUCAGGAGUAAACCCACCCAAGUGGAAGAAAAGAGCGUGCCUCCCUGGAAAUAGUUAAAACGUCCCUGGAGGAUGGAGAAUCUCCAUGUCAGUGGUACCAGCUGUAAGGCUGCUCACCUGUAGAUAAGUGAGGAAGAUCCGGCCUGCAGCCCUGAGCAGAGCGGCAUCUGGUGCCCAGGAUGAGGGCGAGAUGCUGAAGUUUCAAAUUAUCCGUGGGGGCCUGAGGCUCCUAGGUAUCCGCCGAACCUCCACUGCCCCUGCUGCCUCGCCCAGUGUCCGGCGCCUGGAGUACAAGCCCAUCAAGAAGGUCAUGGUGGCCAACAGAGGCGAGAUUGCCAUCCGCGUGUUCCGGGCCUGCACGGAGCUGGGCAUCCGCACCGUGGCUGUCUACUCGGAGCAGGACACUGGCCAGAUGCACCGACAGAAAGCUGACGAAGCCUACCUCAUCGGCCGCGGCCUCGCCCCAGUGCAGGCCUAUCUGCACAUCCCAGACAUCAUCAAGGUGGCCAAGGAAAACAACGUGGACGCCGUGCACCCUGGCUAUGGGUUCCUGUCAGAGCGAGCAGACUUUGCCCAGGCCUGCCAGGAUGCCGGGGUUCGGUUCAUUGGGCCGAGCCCUGAGGUGGUCCGCAAGAUGGGAGAUAAGGUGGAGGCCCGGGCCAUUGCCAUCGCUGCAGGUGUCCCCGUGGUCCCCGGCACAGAUGCCCCCAUCACUUCCCUGCACGAGGCUCACGAUUUCUCCAACACCUACGGCUUCCCCAUUAUCUUCAAGGCUGCCUAUGGGGGCGGGGGGCGCGGCAUGAGGGUCGUGCAGAGCUACGAGGAGCUGGAGGAGAGCUACACCCGGGCCUACUCAGAGGCUCUGGCCGCCUUCGGGAACGGGGCGCUCUUCGUGGAGAAGUUCAUUGAGAAGCCGCGCCACAUCGAGGUGCAGAUCCUGGGGGACCAGUACGGGAACAUCCUGCACCUGUACGAGCGAGACUGCUCCAUCCAGCGGCGGCACCAGAAGGUGGUCGAGAUCGCCCCUGCUGCCCACCUGGACCCCCAGCUUCGGAGCCGGCUCACCAGUGACUCUGUCAAACUUGCAAAGCAGGUGGGCUACGAGAACACGGGCACCGUGGAAUUCCUGGUGGACAAGUACGGCAAGCACUACUUCAUUGAGGUCAACUCGCGCCUGCAGGUGGAGCACACCGUCACCGAGGAGAUCACCGAUGUGGACCUGGUCCACGCCCAGAUCCACGUGGCCGAGGGCCGGAGCCUGCCUGACCUGGGCCUGCGGCAAGAGAACAUCCGCAUCAACGGCUGUGCCAUCCAGUGCCGGGUCACCACUGAGGACCCCUCGCGCAGCUUCCAGCCGGACACCGGCCGCAUUGAGGUGUUCCGGAGCGGGGAGGGCAUGGGCAUCCGCCUGGACAACGCCUCUGCCUUCCAAGGCGCCGUCAUCUCCCCCCACUACGACUCCCUGCUGGUCAAAGUCAUCGCCCACGGCAAGGACCACCCCACGGCCGCCACGAAGAUGAGCAGGGCCCUUGCCGAGUUCAGAGUCCGAGGUGUGAAGACCAACAUCCCCUUCCUGCAGAAUGUGCUCAACAACCAGCAGUUCCUGGCAGGCACCGUGGACACCCAGUUCAUCGAUGAGAACCCGGAGCUAUUCCAGCUGCGGCCUGCACAGAACCGGGCCCAGAAGCUGCUGCACUACCUUGGACAUGUCAUGGUGAACGGCCCAACCACCCCGAUCCCCGUCAAGGCCAGCCCCAGCCCCACGGACCCUAUUGUCCCUGUGGUGCCCAUAGGCCUGCCCCCAGCUGGUUUCAGAGACAUCCUGCUGCGGGAGGGUCCCGAGGGCUUUGCUCGAGCGGUGAGGAACCACCCGGGGCUGCUGCUGAUGGACACGACCUUCAGGGACGCCCACCAGUCACUGCUGGCCACGCGUGUGCGAACCCACGAUCUCAAAAAGAUCUCCCCCUAUGUUGCCCACAACUUCAGCAAACUCUUCAGCAUAGAGAACUGGGGAGGAGCCACGUUUGAUGUUGCGAUGCGCUUCCUGUACGAGUGCCCUUGGCGGCGGCUGCAGGAGCUCCGGGAGCUCGUCCCCAAUAUCCCAUUCCAGAUGCUGCUGCGGGGGGCCAAUGCCGUGGGCUACACCAACUACCCCGACAAUGUGGUUUUCAAGUUCUGUGAGGUGGCCAAGGAGAACGGCAUGGAUGUCUUCCGGGUCUUUGACUCCCUCAACUACCUGCCUAACCUGCUGCUGGGCAUGGAGGCGGCGGGCAGCGCCGGUGGCGUGGUGGAGGCUGCCAUCUCCUACACGGGUGACGUGGCCGACCCCUGCCGUACCAAAUACUCGCUGCAGUACUACAUGGGCUUGGCAGAAGAGCUGGUGCGAGCGGGCACCCACAUCCUGUGCAUCAAGGACAUGGCAGGGCUGCUGAAGCCAAUGGCCUGCACCAUGCUGGUCACCUCCCUCCGAGACCGCUUCCCUGACCUCCCACUGCACAUCCACACCCACGACACAUCAGGGGCGGGCGUGGCAGCCAUGCUGGCCUGUGCCCACGCUGGCGCUGAUGUGGUAGACGUGGCAGCUGACUCCAUGUCUGGAAUGACUUCACAGCCCAGCAUGGGGGCCCUGGUGGCCUGUACCCGAGGGACUCCCCUGGACACAGGGGUGCCCCUGGACCGAGUGUUUGACUACAGUGAGUACUGGGAGGGGGCCCGGGGACUGUAUGCAGCCUUUGACUGCACGGCCACCAUGAAGUCUGGCAACUCUGAUGUGUAUGAGAACGAGAUCCCGGGGGGCCAGUACACCAACCUGCACUUCCAAGCAUACAGCAUGGGGCUCGGCUCCAAGUUCAAGGAGGUCAAGAAGGCCUAUGUGGAGGCCAACCAGAUGCUGGGUGACCUCAUCAAGGUAACCCCCUCCUCCAAGAUCGUGGGGGACCUGGCCCAGUUUAUGGUGCAGAAUGGGCUGAGCCGGGCAGAGGCCGAAGCUCAGGCAGAAGAGCUGUCCUUCCCCCGCUCAGUGGUGGAGUUCCUGCAGGGGUACAUUGGCAUCCCCCACGGGGGGUUCCCUGAGCCCCUUCGCUCCAAGGUGCUAAAGGACCUGCCAAGGGUGGAGGGACGGCCCGGAGCCUCCCUCCCUCCCCUGGAUCUGCAGGCGCUAGAGAAGGAGCUGAUAGAACGGCAUGGGGAAGAGGUGACCCCGGAGGAUGUGCUCUCAGCGGCCAUGUACCCCGACGUCUUUGCCCACUUCAAGGACUUCACUGCCACCUUCGGCCCCCUGGACAGCCUCAAUACCCGCCUCUUCCUGCAGGGACCCAAAAUUGCGGAGGAGUUUGAGGUGGAGCUGGAGCGAGGCAAGACGCUGCACAUCAAAGCCCUGGCCAUAAGUGACCUGAACCGGGCCGGCCAGAGGCAGGUCUUCUUCGAGCUCAAUGGACAGCUGCGAUCCAUUCUGGUCAAGGAUACUCAGGCCAUGAAGGAGAUGCACUUCCACCCCAAGGCCCUGAAGGAUGUGAAGGGCCAGAUUGGGGCACCCAUGCCUGGGAAGGUGAUAGACAUCAAGGUGGCAGCAGGGGCCAAGGUGACCAAGGGCCAGCCUCUGUGUGUGCUCAGUGCCAUGAAGAUGGAGACUGUAGUGACUUCGCCCGUGGAGGGCACUGUCCGCAAGGUCCACGUGACUACAGACAUGACACUGGAGGGUGACGACCUCAUCCUGGAGAUUGAGUGAUCUUGCCCCAGACUGGCAGCCUGGCCAUCCCCACCCCAAGCCUUCAAGAUGCUGCGCUGCCAGGGCAGGCCCAGGCCAGCCAGUGCCCGAGGGCAGGAAGGCCGGGCCCUGGAGCUCCUGUCCUCAGUUGUUUGUGGCAGGAGAGACACUGCCUGUGGUGGCCCAUGCCUUUCCUCCUGCCCUCUGUCCUUUCCCUGCCUGUGGACAGUCGCUCACAUAUUCAUCCCUUGCCAAAUGAGGGUCCCCUCCUUGCUGGAGACUACAGGUGGGGGUGCAGGCAGCCCUGGGACCCAGGGGAGCAGACUUAGGGGCCCUGUCUCCUGCAGGGGAAACCUAAGUCCCAGGUCUGAGAACUUCGCUCAAUAAAACUGGCUUUCCCCUUCCCUCCA